AUGUCAACUCCGGCUCCAAACCCAGUUGUGGCGCCUGACCACAUCCAUGCGCUGCUCAACCGUCUUCACCAAGAGUCCCUUACCCAGGAAGCGGCUCUCCCAUCUACAUAUUUGAGCUCUCCCGAGGGAUUUGAUGACUUAAUGAGAGACAAGUUCAUUGCGCUGGAUCAGGAUAAGUGUCAAUUCGUCUACCAGCUUGCCAGAGCGAUCGGAGCUCGCAAUAUUGUUGAGAUUGGUACCAGCUUCGGCGUGAGUACCAUCUAUCUCGCAUUGGCUGUGGGAAGCAAUCUCGACCACCUGGGUGGUGAGGGUAAGGUUAUUGCCACGGAAAAAGAGCAUACAAAAGCAGAGAGGGCUCGUCAACACUGGAAGGAAGCUGGUGACUCCUUGGUGACCCGUCAUAUCGAUCUCAGAGAGGGGGAUCUCCUCGAGACGUUGAAGAAUAACAUCCCACAGAUUGACCUGAUCCUUCUAGAUAUUUGGGCUCCUGUCGCUCUGCCCGCCCUGAAACUGCUGGAACCAAGGCUCAGGUCUGGAGCUGUUGUCAUCAUCGACAAUUCAAUUAGUUCUGCCACUAGAUACAAAGAGCUAUUAGAUCACCUGAGGUCUCCGACAAGCGGUUAUACAAAUCUGACGCUCCCCUACUCCAAUGGUUUGGAGAUGUGCGUCAAGGUCUAA